GUCAAGACAGCAAACAUACUUUCCCGCUAUUUCUUCUCCCCCCCCCCCCACAAAUUUGUGAGGUGCGCUAGGUUGCGAGGCUGCAGCCUGAGGUCACCCAGUUAAGAUUCAUCAUGGCUGGUUGGAGACUGGAAGCUUACUUUCCCUGCGCCAGGUUUCAAAUAUCACAUCCGCUCCCCCGGUAUUAGGUUGUGUCAAAAUAAGUCAAAUAAGAGAUCUAAUAAUAAAACGUUUAAUCCGUUGCAUAUUAGCACGCGCGCACACGCAUAUAAAAGCAUUGAGGUCUCCCCUUUUGAACUACAACUGCUAGCUCCGACCGGGGGGUUUCUGAAGGGAAAGCAGGCCUUUUGCUCGCCCCCAGACGGCAGCCCCUUCCCCCGGCCUCCCGGCACACACCCACCCACCUCAGCCCCGCUUCUCUCACACGGGCAUCCCGCCGCCCCCCGCCCCCGAGAGUGAGGCGACUCCCUUCCCCCUCCGCCUCCUCGCCGUCACAGCCAAGAUGGCGGCGGCCGGAGUGACGGGGGGAGGGAAUCCCGCCUGAGGCGCCCACACAGGGACGGGAGGGAGGAGGCGUCGGACGCUGUUGCUGCUCCGUGAGGGGAAAAAAAAAGAUGCCACAGGGGGCGAUGCUGUCUUUCGGCCACCCGUCGCUCCCUCGCUUUCGUUAGCCGCCUUCCUUCCGAGACAGCGAGACGGGACCUGGGAGACCUCUUCGCCCGUCACCAGCCUUUCCCGCCCGGGCUCUGCGGGGCUGUUGGUCCCCCAGCGGAGCUAGAUCUUUUCUGUGAUGGAAGAUGGAAGACAGAGGCGCUCGUGUUGCUGACUACUUCGUUGUGGCUGGGUUGACUGAUAUUUCGAAACCAUUAGAGGAAGAAAUCCACUUCAAUGAUGCCUGCCACAAACUUGCAAAGCCAAAAGAACCAAUCACAGAUGUGGCAGUGGUAAUUAAAUCUCUGGGAGAGGAGGUCCCUCACGGUUACAAGUGCAUCGAUUUAACUCCAUCAGGACUAUCAGCAGAUCUCAACAAUGGGAGCCUUGUGGGACCACAAAUAUACCUGUGCUACAGGAGAGGAAGGGACAAGCCUCCACUUACUGAUUUGGGGGCUUUGUACGAUGGGAAAGAGAGAUUAAAGCAGGGUUGUGAAAUUAUUCAGCUCACUCCAUAUGGCCGCCCUGCAAAUAUCAGUAGUGGUACCUCAUCACAGAAGGUGUACAUCACGUACCGAAGAGCCUCUGAGAACAUAACACAAAAUACCCUGGCUGUUACAGACAUAUGCAUAAUUAUUCCUAGCAAGGGAGAAAUUCCACCACACACAUUCUGCAAGGUUGACAAGAAUCUCAACAAUAGUAUGUGGGGCUCAGCAGUAUAUUUGUGUUAUAAGAAGUCUGUGGCCAAAACAAACACCAUAUCAUAUAAAGCUGGUUUAAUAUGUAGAUAUCCAGAAGAUGACUACGAUUCAUUUCCUUUACCAGAAUCAGUACCUUUAUUUUGCCUCCCAAUGGGUGCAACAAUUGAAUGUUGGCCAUCUAAUAGCAAAUAUCCCCUUCCAGUAUUUUCUACAUUUGUAUUAACUGGAGCUUCAGCUGAAAAGGUCUAUGGUGCAGCUAUUCAGUUCUAUGAAACGUAUCCAGAGGAAAAUCUCACAGAAAAGCAGAGGUCUCAGUUAGGUUUUGUGGAUAAUGUUGAUGGAAAAACUGCCACUCCUAAAACAAUCCAGACUAAGAAAUGUAUCUGCCUUCUCUCACACUGGCCAUUCUUUGAUGCUUUCAAGAAAUUUCUUACUUUUCUAUAUCGUUACUCCAUCUCUGGUCCACAUGUCCUGCCCAUUGAGAAGCAUAUAUCCCACUUUAUGCACAAAGUUCCUUUUCCAUCCCCACAGAGGCCAAGAAUUUUAGUGCAGCUCUCACCUCAUGACAAUCUAAUUCUUAGUCAGCCUAUAUCAUCACCUCUACCACUGAGUGGUGGCAAGUUUUCUGCUCUUCUCCAGAAUCUUGGACCUGAAAAUGCUAUAAAUCUCCUUGUAUUUGCAGUGACUGAACAUAAAAUCCUUAUCCAUUCUUUACGACCUUCUGUCCUUACCAGUGUAACAGAAGCACUUGUCUCUAUGAUAUUUCCUUUCCACUGGCCAUGCCCAUACAUUCCUCUGUGCCCUCUAGCCCUGGCAGAUGUUUUGAGUGCUCCAUGUCCAUUCAUAGUAGGAAUUGAUUCAAGAUAUUUUGAUCUCUAUGACCCGCCACCAGAUGUUAGCUGUGUUGACCUAGAUACAAGCACCAUUUCACAACUUGGAGAUAAGAGAAAUAUUGCAUGGAAGAUUUUGCCAAAGAAACCUUGUAAAAACCUGAUGAACACCUUAAACAACCUCUAUCAACAGCUAGCAGAAUUGCAACAAAGACCAAGAGAUGAUGCACUGAUGGAACUGGCUAUGAACGACUAUGAUUUUCAUUCAGGGUCAAAACUACAUCAGUUAGACAUAGAAAUCCAGGAAGCGUUUCUCUAUUUCAUGGCCUCUAUACUGAAAGGUUACAGGUCAUAUCUAAGACCUAUUACUCAAGCACCGUCUGAAACAGCGACAGAUGCAAGUUCCCUCUUUGAACUUCAAGGAUUCUUAAAAAGCCGUGAUCGUUCACAUCAAAAGUUUUACACUAUGAUGACCAAGACACAAAUGUUCAUUCGUUUCAUUGAAGAAUGCUCCUUUGUUAGUGAUAAAGAUGCAUGUCUUGCAUUUUUUGAUGACUGUGUAAAUAAAGUGGAUACAGAUAAGACUGGUGAGAUACGGCUUAUAGAACUUGAUGAGUCCUAUAAGAGUGAGCACACUGUUUUCAUAACUCCUCCUGAGAUCCCGCAUCUUCCCAAUGGAGAGGAGCUUCCAUCACAGUAUAGCUACAACGGGUUUCCUGUGCUGAGUCAAGACUUGUUUGAGCAGCCUGCAGGACUUGUAAAAAUACGGAACAGCAAAUUAUCUUUAAAAGCUAGCAGUCCAAAUAGCCCAUUGCCAAUGUACAGAAGGACAAAGCAGGAAAUCAAGUCAGCCCAUAAGAUAGCCAAGAGAUACUCCUCCAUCCCUCAGAUGUGGUCCAGGUGCUUGCUGCGCCACUGCUAUGGCUUAUGGUUUAUCUGCCUUCCUGCCUAUGUCAAAGUUUGCCAUUCCAAAGUCAGGGCUUUGAGAACAGCCUACGAUGUGCUACGGAAAAUGCAUACAAAAAAGAUUGAUCCACCUGAUGAGGUAUGCUACCGGGUAUUGAUGCAGUUAUGUGGACAGUAUGGCCAGCCUGUGUUAGCUGUGAGAGUCCUUUUUGAAAUGAAAAAGGCUGGAGUUGAUCCUAAUGCAAUUACAUACGGUUAUUAUAAUAAGGCUGUUUUGGAAAGUACCUGGCCCUCAAGCAAUCGAAGUGGCUACUUUCUGUGGACAAAGAUAAGAAACGUCAUCUUAGGAAUAGCACAGUUUAAAAGAGUUCUAAGAAAGCAACCUGCAAAUGGAAUUCACAGAGUUCUUUCUGGAGAGCAUUCAGAUCUCUUAUACAGGCUAUCUAAAGAAGCAGUUGAGCAAAGGAAACCAACAUUUCAGAAGAAUGGUGAACAAAAAGAAGAGAAAAAAGAGAGUGACUCUAGUUCUUUAUCUGAGAUAGAGAGCGGAAAGGGCAGUGGUGACUGUCUUCCUGCAUUAAAUUAUCAAAAUUCCAGUAGUGCUUCGCCUGCUUCAAGGAUUGUUCGCGUUAGUGACAGAUUCGGCAAAAUAGGAGAUACCACAACAGAAAGUUCUGCAGGAUUGCUAUUCUCUUGUUUUGAGGAUAACAACAAAUCAAAAUUUACUAAAGCUGAGAAUUUAAGAAGCAGACAUCUAAAUGCAGCUGAAAUAGAACACAAGCGGACAGUUUGGAGAAACAGAAACCGGAAUCUGAGUGGAGAUGCUCUAAUUGAGCUAAUGAAAAAUCAAAUUAAUCACGAAGCAAGCCCUGCAGAAAUUGUUGAAAGCCUGGGAAUAGAUGCAAAAAUACUUUCUAAGGUAUUUGAGAAGAGAAUACGUCCAAAGACUCUCAAUCUUAGACAAUCUUCUUUAGAACCCAAUAAGAGAGGAAGCCUGGAAAAAGAAUCCAGUGAUGAAGAUGCACCCUAUGAGAACAAUUUUAAGGAUAAGGAAUCCCCAGUUAUAUUUGAUCUGGAAGAUUUGGAUAAUGAACCUGUCUCGGUGAAAACUGUGAAACUGUUCCACAAAAAACCAAAGAGAAUUCAGCGGGCCAUCAGCUUUCCAGCAAAACCUGUUGAAAAAACUGAUGUUGAAACAGGAUUUGAUCCACUUUCCUUGCUGGCUGCUGAGAUAGGACAACAGAAAGAAGAGGAGGAGGAGGAGGAGGAAGACAAAAGUACCUCAACUCCAUCGGCAAGGCGAGAUUUAGCUGAAGAAAUAGAGAUGUAUAUGAAUAAUAUGAGUAGUCCUUUAUCAAGCCGUGCACCAAGCAUGGAUCUGCAAAAGGCCUACAAUGACAAGAAUGGCACCAAAAAAAGUCCAACAUUUGCCCAGCCAUGUCGGCGAUCUAGCCUUCCCCCAAACUCACCCAGGCCAACAAGCCUCUCCAAGUCCAAAAGCUACCAUGCAAAAAAUGAAGUGCGAGUCAGGGACAGGCUUUGGUCCUCGCCAGUGUUCUCCCCAAACAAUCUGUCGAAAGGACAAGUUCAAGAGAUGGCUGGCACAGUCACUCUUGCUUCUCCAACUUCAUUCAACUUGGAUACACUACUAACACCUACAUUUGAUGUUCUAAAGAGCAGCAUGUUUACUGCAGGGAAAGGAGUUGCAGAGAAGGCCAGCAAGUGGUACUCCAAGUUCACUACAUAUGCCUCCUCAUCAAAGGAUCAAAACUCAGACCGGGCAAGUGUUUCAUCCCUUGGAGCCCUAGAUUCAGAGUCUACCUCCCUGACUGAUGAAGAAAUCUGCAAUGAUUUUGAAAGCAACUCUUCUCCUCAAGAGAAUGCCUCUUCCGUGAUAAAGGGAAUUGGUCUAAGCAGGACAAGUCUUGAGAGUUCAGCUUCAAACAAUGGCUCAUCAAAACGUGUCCCCCAGUAUGGCUCCCUUUCCAAGUUUCCUUUGCCUGACAGAUCAGAGCUGGUAUCAUCUUGCAGCACAAGCAGCACAAGUGUGUUCCAGAAUUAUGCACUGGAGGUUCUCAUCUCAAGCUGUUCACGGUGUCGAACCUGUGAUUGUCUAGUACAUGAUGAAGAAAUCAUGGCAGGCUGGACAGCAGAUGAUUCCAACCUUAACACUACGUGCCCUUUCUGUGGAAACCUGUUCUUGCCCUUUCUGAACAUUGAAAUCAGAGAUCUCCGGGGCCCUGGAAGAUAUUUCCUGAAGUCCAGUCCAUCUUCAGAAAACCUGCAGUUUCCAUCAUCUUUUCCAAACCAGACAGGAAAUUCGUUCAACCCUGAUCCCACUUCGGGAUUUAUGGCCUCUGUGAUACCUGAGUUACAUUCUGAUAGCAAGUCAAAACCAUCUGACACCACCUGUGCCAGGAGCAUUCAGAUCCCAUCUAGAAGAAGCCAAAAUACUAUUAGCAACGAACACACCAGUCACCCGUUGUCAAGAAGUAUUAGUACAUACAGUCCUCUCGAGGUAGAAGGAGCAAGAAGCCACCAGCACAGCCGCCUGGUUCCUACAGGAAGCUUGCCUACUACAUGGCAGGGACCUACUGAUCCUUUGGGGCUAGAGUGGAAUUUACCCAGUCCAGAACCCAUCACUGUUCCUUAUCUGAGUCCACUUGUUGUAUGGAAGGAGCUUGAAAGUUUAUUAGAAAAUGAAGGGGAUCAUGCAAUAACAGUAGCAGACUUUGUGGACCACCAUCCUAUUGUGUUUUGGAAUCUAGUGUGGUAUUUUCGACGUCUGGACUUACCAAGUAACUUACCAGGAUUAAUACUAUCUUCUGAGCAUUGCAAUAAGCAUUCAAAGAUUCCAAGAAACUGUAUUUUAGAGGACAGCAAAUAUGUUCUAAUUCAGAUGUUGUGGGACAACAUGAAGUUGCACAAAGAUCCAGGACAACCUCUCUAUAUUCUGUGGAAUGCACAAAGUCAAAGCAAUACACUUGUAUUUGAGACUCAAAAGUACCCAAUGGCUCGCUUACUGCAGAAGGAUGAUAAUUCCUUUAACCAGGAGCUUUUAAGAAGCAUGGUAAAGAGUAUUAAGAUGAAUGAUGUAUAUGGACCGAUGAGUCAGAUCCUAGAGACACUCAACAAAUGCCCACAGAUAAAAAGGCAAAGGAGUCUUUAUAGAGAAAUAUUAUUUCUCUCUCUUGUUGCUCUUGGAAGAGAUAAUAUUGAUAUAGAUGCUUUUGAUAGAGAAUACAAAAUGGCUUAUGAUCGCCUAACAGCAAAUCAGGUCAAGAGCACCCACAACUUCGAUAGGCCUCCAAGUACAGGAGUGAUGGAAUGUCGGAAGACUUUUGGGGAGCCAUAUCUUUAAGAGAGAAAAUGUAAUGUGUUGCUACAGGGUACAUAUGUAUAAAACAGGAUUUCAGAAAGUUUUUGCCACUUUUUUCCAUUAAAAAAGCAUUUUAAAUCAAAAUUUUCCAGGAGAAGACUGAUUCACCAUUAGACAAGAGAGAGCUCGCUUCAUCUGAACAGUGUCUAUAAACCACUUAAUGGAGGAGAUUAAAUGGUCCAUUGUAGAAAAUUUAGACAGAGAUGGACCCAAAUCAUGCACUUAGAAGUUUGCACGAAUGAAAUAAGCUUUCCAAAAUUGUUUACAUAAAAUAUUGAAAAUGUUACAGAGUGCUUACCAGUAGUUGUAUAAUAACAAUUUUAAAUUAUGUACAGCAAGCUCCUAUUUUUUUUAACUUUUUGAAUUACUAUAGUGAAUGAAGUGAUUCCAUUGCAUAAGCAAUACUUUUGUCCUCCUUGAUGUUAAUAGUAACUAUCUUUUUUCAGAAACAAUAUAUUUCGUUUCUUAUUUUUUCUGUCUCUCAAUAUGGAAAUGUAUUUUUUUUAUCAGAGUAUGAAUUGACAUUUAUAUCCUGUUCCAAAAAUGUCUACACUUACAUCGUAGAUUUAGCUGACAAGUGUUGCAGACUUGUAUGAAGCUUUCAUAAUUAAUAUGCAUUUGUCACUUUCAAGAAGUUUCGGCUGACACAUCGUUGCCUGUUAGGAGCCUCUGCUGUAUAGAUUUUUCAGAACAAAGAGUGUGAUGUAAAAAUAUAUAUAUGUUUGGCACACCUGUGGGCUGUGGCAUACACAAUGGAAUUCUGGACCUUUUCUUUUCAAUCAGCAAGCUCUGUUUUGGCCCACAAUCUACUUUUGGAAGUACCUGCAGGUUCAAAAGCAACUGGUCUUGUAUUUCUCUUGCCAUGGGUAGAAGUAUGGAUGUUUCAGAAAGAUAAUCCUAAAGUUCCAUGGGUACACGGAAGUAGUUGUAUUAACCCUUGGAAUCUGUCCAAACUGUGGGGCAAGGGGGGGUGGAAUAGAGAAAGAACAGGUAAUAACCUGGAAUAUUCCCAAGUAGAAUCUAAAAUGAAAUUUAAGAGAAGGGCGGAAAUGGCCAUGAGAGAUGUGGGGAAAAUGGCACCUACUUUCAGAAAUCAAGUACAUUAAGCAUAUACUAGAGUGAGUUUGUUUGCAAAUGCAAGUUGCAUGACAAUUUUUAACUUUUGGGCCAGAAUACAGUUUGUUGCAAAGCAAACGGUGCAAAUAGUCAUGUGGUUCCUUGUUGUGGCCUGUUCUGCAAUAAGAUGGCGGAAGUGGAGAGCACUUCCACCUUGACACUAUUGGAGCCAGGUUGAUUACGGCUACACAGCAAUUUAACAGGACUCCUGCCACUGUUGUGAACCUCCACACUGCUUUGUUUUCAUAGCUAAUAAUUUUAAACAUGAGGAACUAAAAAAUAUUGCGUUUGCUCUAAUUUGCACAUGUAAAGAUACGCUGACUCUGCUAUCCGCUCUUUCUGAUAAUCUCCUAAUUUAACAGUAGUGUGGCAAUUAUGGUAUUAUUUUAUGCCUGUGCUAAUAAUUGUUGGAUUAGACUAUGCAUUGGCAGUGAUUCUUGACUUAACUCUGAGGCCUGGGUCAAAAAAGCUACUUCAGGUGUAUGCAAAGGAUUCUGAGACAGUUUUGUCUUUGAACAGCAGAUCCAUCUGCCAUAUCACCAGUUGCGUUUGAAGCUCCUUACUGAGUAAACAGAAACUGGAACUUCCUUGGGUUUGUGGCAGCUAUGUAAAUGUUUCUGAUACAGCCUCCCUUAGCAGGUGUCCUCCAAAUGUGUUGGACUACAGCACUCAUCAUCCCCAAGCAGCAUGCCUUUGACUAAUCUGGAAAAUGCGGAAGGCUGCUCUAAGGGCACAGUGAAGCAGUAAUACCUCUUGCACAGGCCUUCUGACAUGUUGACACAGCUACUGCUAUUCCACUCAGUAAGCUUGCAUGGAAUUCCCUUGUAAAUUUUGUCAUACAUUUCCACACGUCUGCAUUUAUUUUGUAUUUAUAGACAGGUAAUCUCCCAAACUUGUUUUUAUGAAUCAUGUGAUAAAUUUGUAUCUCCUGAAUCAUUGGAUAUAUAUGUUGGAAACCAUUCAUUACCUAGUAAUGUGGGUUUGUUAGUAUCUUUGUACAUACCUAUGUUAUAUUUUCUAUGGAAAUAUUGUACAUGGUGAUUGCAAAUGUCAAUAAGUACCUAGAUACUUGUGCAUUUUAAGAGACCGUGUUAGUUAAGUUUUGAAAUGCCACUCUUUGCUCUCAUUAGCAGCAUAAAAGCCACUGUUGUAGAGCACUUUAUUGCUAUGAUGGAAGGCCCACAUCUUCUUCCUGAGCUCUGUGUAAGUGUUUCCAGAGGUACUAAGAAAACUAUAAAUCAGUUUCUGUCUUCUACCUUUAUAUAGAAAACUAAUACUACUUUCAUUUUGGCAGAUUUCCUGUUGGUUAGGAUUCUGAGGGCAUGGGCAAUGGGCAUUUGGGUGGACAUCCAAGUUGACCUAACAGCAAGGUUUCUAUUAAGUGACGUAAGAGUAAAAAUAACUACUUGGUUCCAACUGGAGCAUAUCCUGCCAGUUCAAGUUUAAAUCCUGCUAAAUAGGCGUGAAGUAAAAUACUGAUCUCCAGAUGUUAUUGGACUACAAGUCCCCACAUUUUUUCAUCCUUGUAGAGGUUGAUGUAAGUUGCAGUCCGGCAGUAGUUUGCUCAAGCCCUCUGCAGAAACCAGGUAGCUGGUUAGCUAUGCCAGUCAGCCUGUUAUUAUAGAGUCUGUUACACUAACAAAGCCAAAAAGGUGUCUUGUGGCACCUGAAAAACUAGUCAGCAUAUUAUUACCUAAGAUUCUAUGGAUUAGAACUGUUAGUUCACACACGCAUACAGUACAUUAGGUUUCCCCUGCGCUUGAUCAGUGGCAACGGCAUAUGUGAACAAACUAAUAAAAGCAUAACUGUGGAUGCAAUGUGAUGUAAAAUCAACAGUUAUGACUAUAAUUACACAUUUUCAUAGUCAUGUCACUUUCUCAUCUUGCAGUUCUUCUGCAGUCUGCUAGGCUCAUGUUAGUGGAAUUCCUCUAAGAAGUUGGAAUUUUCAGAGCUGGAGUAGCAGGUUGGGGGCUUAGUUCCUUUCUUUCCCGUCCCACAGAUGUUUUCUGAAGUGAUGUAAAUAUGAAGCAGCCUCAGCCCAAGUCAAACCACUAGCCCACACACUCCGGCACUAUCUGCUCUGAUAGCCCUCAGUUCUCUGAAGAAUUGUGGGAGAACCUCUUCUUGGUCCUUCUUCCAGAGAUAUUUUAACUGGAGGUACUAGGAAAUGAAAUGUGUGAUGAAAAAUUCCUAAUUCAAAUUAGACUAUGAUCAGAAAAUCAGAUGUCAGAAUAAAGUUCCCACCCACAGAGUCCAAGAGUGACCAUUUUCACAUGGUACAGUGGUGCCUCACUUUACGAUUGUCCUGCAUUACGACGAUCUUUUUGCGAUCGCAAAACCAUGGUCCA